AUGCCCACCAGCGAAACUCAGGCUGGUGCUGCAGAACCUUCGGAGUCGCAAUCGGAGUCCGCCCGAACCGCGAACGUCCUCUCAGAUUCUCUAUGUUCGAUUUGUCUCAGCCGGUUGACUGUCUCCGGCGAGCAGGUAGGACAGUUCUUCGAUUGUAAGGAAGAGGCCGAUAUUCUCCAGGUAGAUAAGGCUAUAUGGGCUGGUGUCAUGGAUGAGGACAUCGAGGGCACGGUUAAGUUGUCAAGUGAGGAGAACGAUAUCAAACUAUGCCCAACAUGCCACCUGUCGUAUUUCGAACCCGGAUACAUAGCCUUCUGUCCACACAGCCACGUCGUCCGAUACCUCUUACAUCGUAUUGUGGAAGAAGACGACAACCGUACAUUUGGAGAGAUUCUCGAUGGUGUAGAGAUUACCGGCGAGCCUGAAUACCUCCUUCCCUUCCUUGGACUGUACCAUCUCGUCCGAGUGCACAAUGGUCCUCUACCUCCUCUACUCGUGCACUUACCACCUCGCUCUCGCCUCGGGGUAAGGUAUUGGGCCGCAGGACGCUCGAUAGGAGCCUCCCACGAGAACCCUUCUAAUGAUCAAACAUAUCGAAUAUUUGACGCUCAAAUGAACACGACCUCUCCUAGCAACACCGGAAGUCCAUCCCAUCUCGAUAACACCAAGGCGGCCCCCAUCAUUCUCGGGGGAUUCGACCCAGAAGCAGAAGCGUUCGAAUCCCUGGUCCUCGAAGCCUCCCAUUCAAAAUCAUCCGAUGGUACAGAGUUCCAACAUCGUCUCUGGCGUCUCAGCAACCCGGCAGGUCUUAUCCUCUCUCAUUUAUGGUAUAGGCUCACCAGUAAUCCUGGCGUACGGAAUCAUGCUCUCGAUCUUGGAAUGCCGACGGAGCUUGUUGGUCUUGUUGUGCAGUUGUUCCAUAGAAGGGUUAUACAGAAGUCGUUGGCGACAUUCCAGAGUGGCGGUGGUGACAGUAGUGGUGGUGGCGGCGAUAGUGGUGGCGGAGGCGGUGACGAUGAUGGCGAUGGGGAUGACCAUGCCGAAGACGAUGGCUUUGAGGAGUUUUUCGACGAGGCCGUCGAUGCGUGCGGACCCAUGGUUGUGCGCCGAAGGGAUCCGUCCGGGAGCAAUAUUGAUGGUGAGUCCGAAAUCGAUGAGCUCGAUGAAAGCGACAAGUCCUCCAGGAGCCCGACUCCGAUGGUCCGCGGGAUUGUAGUCGAGGAGGUAGUGACUCCAUCCAGUGCCGAUACUGAAUUUAUUCCGGGAGCCGAAGUGGUCAUAGGGACAGCUCAGGCGUCGUCCAGCAUAAUUCAAACGCCUGCUGAGGUGAACCCUGGCGCCGAAUACCCUUAUGUUGUGUCGGGGCAUGUUUCCUCGCCACAUGAAGUUAAUGGAGGACCUCCCAAUGUAUUGGUAUCUGGAGGGCCAAUCACCGUCAAAAGAUCUGCACAGACGCCUUCGACAAAUGAUCCGGACCCUGAAUGGCCUGGCGAUUCUGAUGGACUUGAGGUAAUCCCUCCGGACUUGGUACGGGAUUCGAUCCAUCCUACAAGUACGUAUCGGCCGCAUCCUGACAUACAAUCACCACCAUUGGCCCAAUCCGAGGUGCCACCCAUUCCCACUAGAAGGACGUAUGCAUUCCCUGGCUUCAUCCAUAGUCCCGUCGACAACCCAAUAUGUGUCGUCCUCCCCGUUUCCUCAGAGUAUUCCUUCUCUUGGACUCCACAUCUCCUACCUAUGGACCCGGCCAGAGUCUCCAUUCUCCCUAAAACCCGAGAUAAACACCGUCUUCUCUUCGGCUAUGUCCUCGACGAAACCGCAAUUAAACUUCGCGGUGCACAGGAAUAUUUCGCAACGGACGAUGAAGGCAGGUAUCACGCCAUGUCACGAUUUCAUAUGAUCCUCGAAUGGACGUGUGGGAUUGCAUCGGAGAAGGAUAUACAUUUGGCGAUGUUGGGGCCCAAAUAUGAAAGCGCGCUGUGUGUUUGUUUGGCGCAGAAUUUGAGCGAGGAGAUGAUGAGGGUUGAUUGGGAGAAGCUGGAAAAGUUGAAACGUGUGCUUGGGACGAGGGAGGAGCCGAGGUGGUAUAGGUAUGCUUGGAAACUUUUCCAUAACGAUGACGAGUAG